AUGCUAUAUCGAACCCUCAAGGUUCAUCGCAAAGCGAUGCCAGAGGAGAUAAGGGCUUCAUAUCACAAGCUGGCUCUUGAAUUUCAUCCUGACAAGUGUGGCGGCUCGCAUGAGGACUUUCUUAGAAUUCAAAAGGCUUAUGAGAUUCUCAUGGAUCCCGAGAAGCGUGCUGAAUACGACGAGAUGAUGGCUAAAAAGCGAGAAAAGAUGCGUAAUUUUGUUCGGCCUGAGCCGUUCAUGCAGGUUGUCAACCCAGUUGGAUAUAAACUCGCGGAUGAUAAGUACUACCUCUUCGAGACCGCCCCACAAAAGGUGCGUUGCGGUCUGCGUUACGGCGAUAUUAUUGAAUUUCAGCGUAAGAAAGGGUGUUUUGUAGGGCUUUCCGCGGAUUCUUUUUUGUAUUGGUGCAGCGAAGGGCAUGACUACGCGACACCGUUUUGCCAUGCGGCGAGUGAUUUCGCGCUGAGUAGCACCGUGGUGUUGCUGCGGUCAAACUUAGACGGUGGAAAGGUUCACGUCGCGCCACCACCGAAGCAACCCUCCAAGAAUCCCGUUUCCAGUGCUUCUAAAAUGUCAAGCUCUACGACGACAGACGGAGGAAAUCGAAAGUCCAAGGCAAAGCAAAUAUGGGAGCAGCUUCGGUUCAAAGAGAAGCUUAGGAUGAUUAGUCAACAGCUUAAGGAUGCAGUUACCGACGAGAUAGACGCACGAAAGGCUCUUGAGUCCGAAUACUCUGAUAGACUGAAGGAAAUUCAAUCCGAGAUGGUGCUGGCUUCACGGGAUUUUCUUCCAGCUGUUUUGGAGGAGCCUGAGGUGUGUGAGGUGGCUCCAUCGGAGGGAUCCGCUCCUCCUUCCGCCCCGUCGUUUCCCCCGUCGUCGUUGGAAGGUGAGGAAAAGGACGACAUCGCGUUUCGUGGCGGCAUGGCAGCGCUUAGGGCGCCUCUUUCGCCGAUUUUGCGAUACGGGGCGGGCACGCCGGGGCCGUUUUCGCUCGGCCCCCCGACGGUGGUGGGGGAUGACGACGAACGCGCGGGGCGGGGGGGCGCGAUCCCGCGAAGCCUCCGCCUGAGCACGGCACCGACGGAAACGGAAUGUGGAAGUCUCAUCUCCAACGAAGGGAUUAACGGAACGCAGUGCAACGACGAGAGCGAAGACGAGGAGAGCUCGUUUCAGAUCCACUUCGUGACGGAGAUGGCCUCGCAGGGUGGUUUUGAAGGGAAUCCAACGGAAAAGAUCCCGGAUUUAUUCGAGACCUACGGCAGCAAAAAUGGGGAAACCAUGAAUACCGUCAGUCAACCCGGGGUCUCGGCGGAGCCCUCGAUCGAAUCCUUAUCCUCCGAGGUCGUUUUACCCGCGGCGUCGCUGUUGACGGCGUCGAGGAUCGAACCAUUGCGGCAUGCCGCCCCUCCUCAGGUGGCGCAACGAAGCGAUUCCGAUCGAAGCUCCUCCAAUUCGAGCGGGGGAACGGUUUCAUACCGCGAGCCGUGGGCGCUCCCGCACCGGUCGUUUUCCUAUCGAAAUGGGGAUGAAACCGGCAUCCACGUUAACGAUUUUGCUGGGAAUCAGACUGCUGGCGGUGAUGCGGAGCGUUUUGCAGGCUUUUCAACGCAUCAAACCCCCAAUGGAGUCUUUUCCCCCAUGGGUUCGAAUAAGUUGCGCAAAGAUGAGGAUGACGGCGCCGCGGGAAAUGGCAUGAAGGGGAAGACGAUGAACAAGAAGCCUCCGCACAAGAUGCGGAAAGACGCUACGAAAAAGCCAUUAAAUUUCGUUAAGAUCGAUGCUGAUGGGGUGCUAAGAAUUAGUAAAGUGGAGAACCCCGCGAAGGGUGCGGCGCGCAUCCGGAGUUUUAAUCGUCUUUCUGCUGAGGAGCUAUUUCAACAGGAGGUCGGUUUCAUUGAAGAAUUCAUGAGCCAAGGCAAGAACGGCAAACGAAGGAGAUAA